GAGGUAACGGGGUGGGUCAGAAAGCUUCACGAAGUUGCAGAGCAGGCAGCAAGUGUGAAUAAGAAGUGAUCCGCCCCCACUUUGAAGUGAAAGGUCACAGUUACUGAAGCUGCCUGUUCGCUGGAGCUCGGCCACCAUCUUUGUUUGGGGCAACGACGAGCACGGCGCAUGCGGGGCGGCCAUGUUUGUUUGGGGCGACGGGGAGCAGAACGCCUGCGUGACAGCUACCUUGAGGGCAAGGGAGAGAGAGGAUUCUCCAAGCAAAAGAUUGAUGGAUGCAAAGUUCAGACCAAACCCUGGAUCAAUUAGGACCUGAAUCAGAUGGACAUCUGAAUAUGGAGGGAUUAAGGUUUGCCUCCUCUGUCAGCAAAGAUCUCAGGGCAUUGGAAAGGGACGAUUUUCAGACAGCAAGCUCAAGGCAAACACCAAGUCAGAGACAUUUAAUUCGUCAGGACCGGAAUGUCAUCGGAAUUUGAACAUGGAAGGUGAAAGCACUUGUAGCAGUGGGGAGAAACCGUACUCUUGUUCUGUGUGUGGACGAGUCUUCAACCAAUCAUCUGGCCUGUCGAGACACAAAGUUAGUCACAGCGAACAGAAACCGUGGAAAUGUGGGGACUGUGGGAAGGGGUUCAAUUACCCGUAUGAACUGGAGACUCAUCAGCGAGUUCACACUGGGGAGAGACCAUUCACGUGCAGCGAGUGUGGGAAGGGCUUCACUCAGUCCUCCAGCCUUCUGACGCACCAGCGGGUUCAUACGCACGAGAGACCUUUCAAGUGUCCAGACUGCGGGAAGUGCUUUAAAAGCUCCUGGGAGCUGAUGACCCAUCAGCGUGUCCACACUGAGGAGAGACCGUUCAGGUGCUCUCACUGUGGGGCUGGCUUCAAGUACUCGUCUCAACUCACUGUCCACGAGCGCAGCCACACGGGGGAGAGGCCGUUCACCUGCGCGGAGUGUGGGAAGGGAUUCACCCAGUCAUCGAUCCUGUUGAAGCACAAGCGAGUUCACACGGGGGAGAGGCCAUUCACCUGCACCGAGUGUGGGAAGCAGUUCGCUCAGUCUUCCAGCUUGCAGACACACCAGAGAGUUCACACCGGUGAAAGGCCAUUUGUUUGCCCCGACUGUGGGAAGCGAUUCACGACCUUGUACAACCUGCUGAUACAUCAGCGCAUUCACACCGGGGAGAGACCGUUCACCUGCUCAGAGUGUGGCAAGAGAUUUAUUAACUCGUCCCACCUGCUGAGGCAUCAGCGAGUUCACAAGUAACUUGAGAGAAUGGAUUUUGUCGCUCGUCACAUCGGGACUGAAUCAUGUUCGUUGGGGUUUGUUUCUGCCGCUGUUAAUAAAGGCCAGCGUCCAGUAAUAUGUGCCAACAUUCUGGAUGAAAGUCGAAAUGAUAA